AUAGGGUUGGUUGGACUCCGCCCAACUAAAUUAUACCUAUAAUUUAUUAGAGACGCUUUUUCUAGUUCUCUGAGGCUUUCUCUGCUACUGCACUGAGUGAAGUUUUCGGCUAUGGCUACUAGUCUGAGUAGCGGUGUCACUGUGGUGCUGGGAGGUCAGUGGGGAGAUGAAGGCAAGGGCAAGCUUGUGGACAUUCUGGCUCAGCAGGCAGACAUUGUUGCAAGGUGUCAGGGUGGAAAUAAUGCUGGUCACACGGUGAAGAUCGGGUCACAAAGCUAUGACUUCCACUUACUUCCAAGUGGGAUCAUCAAUGCUAACUGCAAGUCAGUAAUAGGUAACGGCAUGGUGGUGCACCUGCCUGGGCUGUUCGAGGAGAUAGAAAAGAACGAAGCAAAGGGACUCAGUGGCUGGCAAGACAGGCUGGUGGUCUCAUCACGAGCACACAUAGUGCUAGAUGUCCAUCAAGAAGUGGAUGGACUGAUAGAGGCUGAGAAGGCCAAGCGCCAGUCCAGCAUUGGCACCACCAAAAAGGGUAUUGGACCCACCUACUCAGCCAAAAGCUCUCGCAUUGGUCUAAGGAUUUGCGACCUCUUCCUUGACGAUGACACACUCAGAGACAAAGUGCACACUAUGUUCGAUGAGUACAAACGCAGAUUCCCCCAGAUGGUACAGGAUGAGGACUCAGAGGUCAAAAAGCUACAGGAGUACAGGGAGAGACUCAAACCAAUGGUCACCGAUACAGUGCUCUUUAUGAACAAGGCGAUAAAGGAGAACAAGAAGAUUGUCGUGGAGGGAGCUAAUGCUGCAAUGCUGGACAUUGACUUUGGAACUUAUCCGUAUGUGACCUCGUCCAACUGCACUGCGGGGUGCGUGUGCACUGGACUGGGGAUUCCCCCUAGAAACGUGAACACAGUGUAUGGAGUUUUCAAGGCCUACACCACUAGAGUGGGGGCGGGGGCUUUCCCUACUGAGCUCAACAAUGAACUGGGUGAGAAAAUUCGUGAGAUUGGUCAUGAGUACGGGGUGACCACUGGACGUCCCAGGAGGUGUGGCUGGUUCGAUGUUGUCGUGGCAAAGUACAGUGCCAUGAUCAACGGAUUCGAUAGCAUUUGUCUGACCAAAAUGGAUAUUUUGGACACCUUUGAUGAGAUAAAAAUUGGUGUGUGCUAUAAGCUGGAUGGCAAGGUUCUGGACUCAAUGCCAGCCACACAGGCUCUAUUAGAGAAGGUGGAGGUGGAGUACGUCUCGAUGCCAGGCUGGAAGACCAGCUUAGCUCACAUGAAGUCACUGGAGAAGCUACCCCCCAAUGCUAGGGCCUAUGUGAGCAGACUUAGCGAGCUGACAGGAAUGAAAGUUCAGUGGAUUGGCACUGGUCCUGCUAGAGACGACACCAUCAGAGUGUUUUAGCUAUAGAGAGCUGAACACUUAUAUAUAGCAAUACCCUAACCUCUAUAUAAUAUAUAUUCUAUUUAUGUGUGUCCUAGUUUCUAUGUAUGACAAUGUGCAAUGUAAAAAAAUGGUGAUACUGGAGUGGU